AUGUCCACGGAGACUUCCAAAGAGAUGAAUGUGCAAAGUUCCAUGUCAACUCCAAAUCCCACUCCAGUCAAAGGAAGGAGAGUCCGAACAGGAUGCCUGACAUGUCGUGAAAGGCACCUCAAGUGCGACGAGGCCGUGCCUGACUGUAUGAAUUGCCGGAAAAGAGGUCGUGAAUGCAAAAGAGGUGUGCGUCUUAACUUUCUUGAGAUCAACCUACACAGUCCUGCUGCUAUACCACCUCCAGAGGAUUGGGCAGUCGAGUUUCAAGACGAAUCACGAGAGAUUGCUUCCGAAUAUCGAGGUGGUCUUGGUCGCUACGCACCAUAUUCUCCAGGACUCGAUGAUAGAUAUGACUCGAAAGAAGCAAUACCCCUGGUAACAGGCAGUCAUCCGCGAGAAAUAAAUGCUGCCACUGAGAGGUUUCAGUCUAGCUCGCAACAGCCUUUCAGCUAUGUACGCGAUAACACCACGCCGAGAGCAUUAGACGACCUGGGAGGCCCAUCGGGUGAUGCAAUUAAGCUUGAGCUUAGCGACAGCGGGCAAGGGAUCCUAAGUGACGUAUCGAACAUUGCGACACCGCCGUCAUCGACACGUUCUGUUGUAACCCCAAGGACAGAAUUGUUCCCAGAACAACUAAUAGCGAUGAGGAAUCGUCCUUCAUCGCACCAAGCAGCAGUUGAGGAUACCGGCAACUUGAUACUCCCGCACCUCGGAACAUCGCCGCACAACGAGCUUUUGCUGGAACAAGCACACGAAGAUGACCAUAUCCAUCAUCCAGCCAUUCAAAACAUUGAACUAGUGGGUCGCGACAUCCUCACUUCCGCCGAGGAAGUUCAUUAUAUGCAAGUCUUUGUCGACGACGUUGCAAUCUGGAUGGAUUCUUUCAACAGGGACAAGUACUUCGCCAGAAGUAUUCCGCAUCAUGCCCUGAGGUCGACAAUGCUCUUCAACGCCCUCCUUGCCUGUGGCGUCAAACAUGCUUCUCUGAUGUCCCAGGAAAACCAUGACAAAGCGUUGUUCUAUUAUAACACUGCGACAACACAGCUCCUGCGAAGCCUGCAGAAUCCUGAUCGGAAUACUGCGGAGUGCGCGACGACAGCGAUUGUGCUCAACGUAUACGAGAUCAUGUCCGAAAAGCCCGCCCACCGGAUGAGUCAUAUAGCAGGCUCCCGAGCCUUAGUACGAGAGUGUGGGUGGAAUGCGAAGAGUAACGGGAUAGGGUUGGCCUGCUUCUGGUUGAAUAUUGGGAUAGAAGUUCUGAACUGCCUCGCAGCAAAUUGGCAGACGACAUGGAGCCCCGACGAGUGGGGUGUAGACUUUCCAGAACCCGAUAACCAUCAACACAACGAAUAUGGAGAUGAACAAACCUGGGUACACCGUGCCCUGUAUAUUGUUGCAAAGGUUACGAACUUUCGCGCGACUGCAGGUCAGUUCGACGACACGAGUCCACAGGCCGAGCGGAACUGGGUUGGUAAUCGCCUAUCGCAAUGGCAUGAGCUUAAAAGACUCUGUGAUGGUUGGAACACACGAUGCCCGAGAACGAUGCAUCCAUUUGGCUAUGUGAAAGCAGUAGAGUCAACGGGCAAGUCGGUGUUCCCUCGUAUCUGGUAG